AUGGAGAAAAGAAUCGCAAAAGCCAGAUUUACAGUUAUUGGAGUUCCGAUGUACUUUCUUUUUCUUAUUUUCCAUGUUUCCAUGGCGGAGAGGAAAACUUACAUAGUUCACAUGGAUAAAUCGGAGAUGCCGGCAGCCUACGAGGACCAUGCCAGUUGGUACGACUCAUCACUCAAGUCGGUCUCCGGUUCGGCGGAGAUGAUCUAUGCAUACACCACCGUCAUCCACGGGUACUCCACCCAGCUCACGCCGGAGGAAGCUCGGGAAUUGGAAGCACGGGAUGGCAUCCUCUCCGUCCUCCCCGAAACGAGGUACGAGAUCCACACCACCCGGACCCCUUCCUUCCUGGGCCUCGACCAGAACGCUGCCAUGUUCCCGGCGUCCGCCUCCGCCGGCGAGGUCAUCGUCGGCGUCCUUGAUACAGGCAUCUGGCCAGAGAGCCCGAGCCUGAGCGAUGCGGGUUUCGGGCCCGUGCCAAGCUCCUGGAGAGGUGAGUGCGAGACCGGGACGAACUUCACGAGAUCGAGCUGCAACCGGAAGCUGGUUGGUGCUCGGUACUUCGCCAAGGGCUACGAGGCCACGCUCGGCCCCAUCGACGAGUCCCGGGAGUUGAAAUCGCCUCGGGAUGAGGACGGACACGGGACCCACACCGCGACGACUGCAGCCGGGUCCGUGGUGGCGAACGCGAGCCUGUUUGGUUACGCGGCCGGGACGGCCCACGGGAUGGCGCCCGGGGCCCGGGUGGCGGCCUACAAAGUCUGCUGGGUCGGCGGCUGCUUCAGCUCGGACAUCCUGGCGGCCCUGGACCAGGCCGUUGCGGACGGCGUCAACGUGCUGUCGCUCUCGCUGGGCGGUGGCAUGUCCGAUUACUACAGGGACAACGUUGCCAUCGGGGCCUUUGCCGCCGUUGAGAGGGGCAUAUUCGUCUCCUGCUCAGCCGGCAACGCGGGGCCCCGCCCCUACAGUCUGUCCAACGUGGCGCCGUGGAUAACCACGGUGGGCGCCGGCACCAUCGACCGCGACUUCCCGGCGCGCGUCGCCCUCGGAAACGGGAGGAACUUCUCCGGCGUCUCGCUCUUCAACGGCAGCCCGCUCCGCGACGGGCUCCUCACUUUCAUCUAUGCCGGGAACGCGACCAACACCACCAACGGCAACCUCUGCAUGACCGGGACGCUGCUCCCGGAGAAGGUGAGGGGCAAAAUCGUCCUGUGCGAUCGCGGCGUGAACCCCAGGGUCCAGAAGGGUGCAGUCGUCAAGGCCGCCGGCGGCGCCGGCAUGGUCCUCACCAACACCGCUGCCAACGGCGAGGAACUCGUGGCUGAUGCCCACUUGAUCCCGGCCACGGCCGUCGGUGAGUCAUCCGGCAAGGUGAUAAAAGAGUAUUUGUCUUCAGAUCCAGAGCCGAGGGCCACGAUUCUGUUCGAGGGAACUAAGGUGGGAAUCGAGCCGUCCCCUGUGGUGGCUGCCUUCAGCUCGCGGGGACCCAACUCUAUCACGCCCGAGAUCCUGAAGCCGGACCUCAUCGCCCCCGGCGUGAACAUACUCGCCGGGUGGUCCGGGUCAGUGGGCCCCACAGGCCUUGCCGAGGACGGGCGGCGCGUGGGGUUCAACAUCAUCUCGGGGACGUCCAUGUCCUGCCCCCACGUGAGCGGGCUGGCGGCCAUCCUCAAGGCGGCACACCCUGACUGGAGCCCAGCAGCAAUUCGGUCGGCCCUCAUGACCACAGCGUAUACUGUCUACAAGGACGGGAAAGUGAUCCAGGACGUGUCAACGGGCCAGUCAUCCACCCCAUUCGACUACGGGGCUGGGCACGUCGACCCCACCUUGGCCCUCAACCCGGGCCUGGUCUAUGACCUGGAAACGGACAACUACUUAAGUUUCCUGUGCGCGUUGAAAUACACGCCCGCACAGAUCAACAGCCUGGCGAGGAGGAACUUCACCUGUGCUCUGGAUAAAGUUUACAGCGUGAACGACCUAAACUACCCUUCGUUUGCUGUGUCCCUCCCGGCACAGAUGGGCAGCGGUAGUGCACGACCCACUGUGGUUAAGCACACGAGAACGCUAACAAAUGUGGGGCCUCCCGGGACGUACAAGGUCUCAGUGUCCUCGACCAGCGAGUCGGUUAAGAUAUCUGUGGUUCCAGCAGUGCUGACUUUCAGUCAAACAAACGAGAAGAAAUCGUACAUGGCGACGUUCAGUGCGACCCCAAUGCCGUCCAACACGAAUGCCUUCGGCAGGAUCGAGUGGUCCGAUGGGAAGUAUGUUGUGGGGAGUCCAGUUGCUAUUAGUUGGAUAUAG